ACGUAUGAGGUUAAAGGUCGUCAAAUGUCACCCAAAGAAUUUCGGUCAUUGAUUUUUCGGCUUUUGUCUGUCGACAUUUUCCGGCGGAUUGUUUUCCCAGGGUGGUUCUUUAAGUCCUCGUGGGAGUGUGGUGAACAGCCAUGACUGUGAAGGUUUCAAAGGGUUUAUGUAGAGAAAGAAUCGGCUAGUUUUAGGUUUUAACCCUGUAAAUUGGGGUGGUAGAAUACGGCGAAUUCGCCCCCCUCCCCUGUUUUGUUUCAAGGCCGGGUCAGGAUAUCUUCAGCUGCCAACAAAGAGCCUUUCACGCAUCGCAGACUGUGCUCUCUGUGUCAAGGGUCCUCACUGAGCACACAAUCGUCGCGUUCAUAACUGGAUCGCUAUUCCACUGAUUGAUCUGUAGUGCAUCUGUAGUAGUACACUCGUUGACUGACAUGUCUGCAGACGAGAUUGAAGAGCCGGUGGUUUCGCGCUCGCGGGCGAGCAAGAGGCCGGGCAAGACCGACUCCGACACCGAGGGAGUUUCAUCGUCGUCCGAUGAGAAGGGAGAAGACGGGAGAACGGAGAAAAAGAAGGGGCGAAUCGUUCAUGCACCGAUCGACAAGUUGGGACCAUAUGGGCGCUGGAUCCGCCACAUUCUGCUGGAGUCCAUUCUGGUGGGCACACCUGUCCUGGUGUCCAUACAGAAAUUCCGCACACCUGCCCGUACCUGUGCAAUGAAGAUGAUCAGUUUCCUGGGUACAGAAGACUUCUACACUCCACUCGUAUUGUGUCUGCUGUGGGUAUUAGAGUCUCGGCUGGGCCGACUCUAUGCUCUGCUUAUGGCAAUUGGGUUUUAUGUUACUGGGUUCUUGAAGAACUUCCUGUGUUUGCCACGCCCUCCUGUAGAUGCUGUGGAGAGUCUAGAGAAGGCCUAUGAUUGGGCAUUACCGAGCCAUCACUCCUUGCUGGGGGUCAUGCUACCAUUCUACCUGUGGUUCUACUACUACCUACACUGCCACAUGUCCACUACCUUCCUGGUGGUGCUCUUCUUCAUUGUGUGCAUAUGGUCGUUCUCCCUGAUGACCAGCCGGCUGUACCUGGGCGUGCACAGCCCAGCGGACAUCCUGACCGGCGGGCUGUUCGGUGUGCUGGUGCUGGCUACCUGGCUACAGGUGUCCGACCUGCUGGACAACUGGAGCGCUGUCCCUGAGAACCAUGUGUGGUUGCAGGCUGUGGUGUACUCCAUCCUGCUGCUUAUUGUCCACCCACGCUGCCAACCUGCCACACUGACCUUCUCUGACACGGUGGUGUUGAUGGGUGUGGCUGUGGGGGCCAUCAUCGGACACAGCAGAGUACGGAACUACUCCGCCUACCUGGCACUGCUGGAGACUAUGUCUGAACAUGCAUCACUGAGUGCAAUCAUAGGAAUGUCCUUGUUACGAAUGAUUGUUGGUGGUGUGCUGGUCUUCACCACCCGCAUCAUGGUGAAGUACCCCUGCAGAACGCUGCUGUUCCUCAUCGCCCAGUUUGCAGACAUCAACGUCUACAGCAGCAGCAUCUACAACAAAACCAACACCCCUGUCUCCAAGCACUACUCAGACGAGUACCUGCUUCCUCCCAUCUAUGAUCCUAAGAAGAAGAAGAACCCGUCCAGCCGUGACAGUAAUGAGGAGGAGGAGGAGGAAGAAGAGGAGGGAGACAGGCAGUUACAGGCCAGCCGAGCGCCCGAGCCCGAGCCUGUCCCCUGGGACGUGGACAUCCCCGUCAAAUACGUCACCUACCUGUCCAUGAUGUGGAUGGCCGUGGAGGGCGUGCCCAGCGUGUUUCACAUCAUCGGGCUGACUUUGUGAAACUACUUAUCACCACACAAGUGUAUAGGCUUUUAAAGUAUAACUAAUGCCUUGAUGUGUAUAGUCAGCUGAAGAAAUGACCACCAUCCUGCUGUUUGAUGCUCUCAGACAUCAGAGCGUCUGGGAAGUACAUGACAACAAGCAGGGCUACUGUAGUACAGCAUGUAACUAAGCGGCAAUGCAUGUGUGGCACCUAUAGAAAACACUAACAUGUAAGUACAAGUCAUUACAGUCGGUACCUCUUCUCAACGGAGCCAUUUGUACACAACCAAAUUUGUAAGGAGUGUGCAAUGUUUAAGUGUAAACAUUCCCAGAUUGGGACUCUUUGACUAGUCCUAAUGAAGGGAUUGUAGUGAUUCGAAUGAAGUCAGGACUUUAGAAGCCUUUAAAUCAAAUAUGUGCAUUGAAGACCACCUUUCAUAAUUUUCUGUGCAAAGGAUUACAAUAUGCACCCAUAGCUGUGGAUGUCCAUUGUACUGUACUGUAAACUCCUGGCAGAGUGAAACUUAAGAGUUCACUGUGUCUUGGAGUUGGUGAUUAAAACACGUAUACUAAGACAAGACAAAACACAUGUUCACUGUGUGAUGAAAGAACACAUAACCAACAUGAAUAUUUCACGAUUUACAGGAUGUUUUACAAAAUACAAAAAUGGCACGUGGAGUUUGAUUUUCAUCUGUCACAAAUCUUGCAAUGUGGUUUACUUCUGUUAAAGCCUUGAGGAUAAAGUUGUUCUAUAUUUUAUGGUACCAAAGUUGAGUUGAUGAUGUGGGGAGUCUGACAUCUUAUUUGAAAAAGUUUAACAUCUGUGAAAAUCUUGUCCAAUUGUGUGGGUAACUCUGAUAAAAUCUAUGUCUGAUAUUCAUGCAUGGUAACUUUUACAGUGAUUACAUGAAUGGUUUUGACAUUUAUGGUACUUUACAGAUGUUGUUAACUCCACUGUAUUCUGUUUUGAACACAAUCAUACUGAAAUGUAGCAACGUGAAGGUAUAAGAAGAUAGUGUUGUAUUUUAUGUUUUAAUUUGUGUUAUCGCAAUUGACUCUUGGACCAAUGUGAUAUAAGACAAUAGCUCUCAGGUGAUGUGGUUAUCAGUAAGAAGGGGAAUCCAAUAUGAUGAUAUGUACCAUUGAAAAUGAAGUGGUAAAUGGAAACUGUAAAACUUGACAUGGCAACAUUUUGACUUAAUUUAUUGUAUGGAUGAAAAAAUUCUGUGUGUCAGUAAGUAAUAGUAAUACAUUUAGUUGGCAUUAAUUUCAUACUGGCAUAGAUGGAAAUGUGAUCUACAUGUCUCUACAUGUAGAAGACUUAGAGGGUGUUUUAGAAACAGUAACAGCAACUUAAACAAAAACAUGCACAUACAUUUGUAUUCAUUGUCAAGAUAAAGAUAUUCAUUGUCUGUGAAAUCUGGAGAUCAUGGAAAAAUCUACUCAAAGGUAUUUUCUAAAUACUCCUUUCUUGCGAUUACUACCAAAACAGAGGCAGUGUAAAAGCCAUAUGGUAUAGACAGGUCAGGUAGAAAUACACGUGCACUUUGAAUUAGGGCUCUACUACAUGUGUAUCUCUUGUACUAGUAUGGUAGGGUAUGUAACCCUCAGUAUCCUAAGUCAGCAUUGUGUCGGUGAAGAUGUCUUGAUAUACAACAUCUGUAGCAUGAUAGGGGUUAACAUCCAGAAAGGAACAACCUAGGGUGGAUAUAGAAGUUGUGUAAAAUUGAAAGAAAAAAAGUUGGUAUCAGGAAGUGAAAUGAAUGAAACUUGACAAGUGAAAUGAAUGUUAAGUUUUGUGUUAACGUGAAAAAGAAUCAGAAAUAUUUACUGCCCUUUUAAACCCAACCUAACCCUACUCCUAAAACCUUUUUUUGGUAUUUCUCUUAAAAAUAUGUAUCUCUGUAAAAGAUUGUUAAUUCCACUUAAAGAUGUUGUCAUUCAAAAGUUAUGAAAUCCUAUACAUGUGAUAAUCACUACAAUGAAUUAUGAUAAUUCAUCAUUUUUAUAUUUUGUUUUAUGCCAGGUUUACGACAUGUUUUGUUGUGCAUGUUUUUGUGUUCACUAUUGUACUUGUAUUUUGUUCUGUGCUGCUCUAACAAGUAUGUUUCAGUACUUCUGCUUGUUUAUAUUGCUGCUAUAAGGAACGUUGUGUGCUAACCUUAAGUAAGCUAUGGGGCGUCCUUUGUCAUCAUUACAGUACGUGUGACUAUGAACAUUAAAAGUGUACAUCCCAAAUGAUAGAG